AUGGCAAAUGCGUUCACACCAGGAGGUGGUUAUCGGAAAGGAGACGGUGCUCAAGAAGAAAAUCUAUUUCGUCGUUCAAAUUAUUGUAUAAGCCUUGAUCCUGAACUUGAUCCUCAGCUUCAACAAAAAUAUGAUACUAAAGUGUAUUAUUGUGAUGAUCAUGGAAAACGUAAGGAAAUACGCAAUGCUCAAUCUAUGUAUCGAAUGGACGAGUAUGGAGCUAUCUGUACUUCUGGUAUUACCUUUUUUCGAGAUAAUGAAAAAGAAAAAGGCUAUAGUUUGCUAUCGAAACCAAUUUACAAUGUAUCAGCCAUUGCUUUAGCUGCCUAUCGUGAUCCAGACAUCACGAAGGAAAAUCGUCUCACCAGAAAAUUUGCCGUUGGCACGCGCAAGAAAAUUGAAAAUUUCUUUUCUAUUGCUUUAAUUAAUGGAUAUGACACUCUGGUACUAUCUGCAUUAGGCUGUGGUGCAUUCAAAAAUCCGUGA